AUGAAGAGACAGGGUCGGACUAACGAUUGGGAACUUGGAGGACGGAGAAUUCAGGCUAUGGGGUCGUGGAGGCGAAGCGAUCAGUCCUCUGCCGUUGGGUCAGACUUGCCACUCAACGACCCGACCAACAACUCUAUCCCCUUCCCAUCGUUUUACCCGACAGCCUCCACUUCUCUCGAAGUGAAGCCUCCUUACCAUCAUUCUCACACAUGGCCUCCGCCCUCGUCUGCCUUAGAGUUGCAGACAAUCACAUAUGCCGCAAAGACCGACUCUACUCCGACCUUGCCUCCCAUCAGCACCCCUCCGCCUCUGGACCUAACACUCACGUUCACUUCUGUCCCACGUCCGUCCCGUCCAUCGCACACCCGGUCACCAGCGGAGUCCUUCUCUAGCAUAAACAGCGUGUAUGGCAAUGGCUACACGAGGUCAACGCGGCCGUCCCUGAGUCCAGUCGUUGAGGAGACGAGCAGUGCAGGCAGCAAGAGUCCAAGGAGUGCGCAUCCGAGCGAUCCGAGCCGGACAAGCGCCGAGCUCAGCAGCAGACCGAAGAGAGAUUCCUCCGUGUACGGAAACAACCAUGGCUGGACUAGCAGAAGACAGAGGUGGUCACGGCUCAGCACGAGCGAGCUGAAUCAUCGAAGCUCGAGUAGCUGGGUGCUGGACGACGGGACCAAUAACGAAGGGAGGGGUUUCCUCACUUUCGAGGAUGAUCUAACCAGGGCUAUCCUCGCUAUUGCGCCCCCUCACGUCCGGAAGGCGCCAGUACCGAAUAAGAAGGGGAGACGUCCACGCUGGCAUUGGCGGUUCACUCGCCGGCUGCGGUCGAAGUCAAGGUCGGAACUCAAGCAAAAGGCGAAUCCAAUAGACCAAACGCGCCGGGGAUCACUUCGGCGCUCGUGCCGGUCCUUCAGGAUCAUCGGGAAAAGGGCGCUGGCAAUCGUCAAGUCCUUGGCACCGAUGCGCCUACGAUGA